AUGUUUUUCACACUUCGAGCGUCGAUUGCGACUGCUUUAUUCGCCAUCAGCAUAUAUUCUCAGGAAGGUUUGGCUUAUGAUGCUGGAGACGAUGCGGUCCAUGCCACCAAAUGGGCUGCAGCAACCGCCAGAGCAAACCAUUUGAUAGCCAAAUUGAAUUUGACUGAAAAAGCAUCUAUGGUGACUGGAACUGCCAACGGACAAUGCAUAGGAAACAUUGCGUCAAUUGAACGUGUCGGAUUUGGUGGCCUUUGCUUAUCGGACGGCCCCCAAGGCUUGCACCUUGCCGACCUUGCAAGCGUCUUUCCAUCAGGCUUGACUGCGGCAGCAACAUGGGAUCGAGACUUGAUCGCUCGACGGGGUGCCGCAAUGGGUGCCGAAUUUCGCGGAAAGGGUGCCAACGUGAUGCUAGGUCCUUCCACUGGGCCACUUGGCCGUAGCCCAUGGGGUGGCCGCAACUGGGAGGGAUUUUCUCCGGAUCCUUACCUCUCUGGAGUUGCUAUGCAAGAAACGAUUCGGAGUGCUCAAGCGCUUGGUGUGCAAGCUUGCGCCAAACACUUCAUUGGGAACGAACAAGAAACCCAUCGGACCAGCGAGAAAAUAAAGGGCGUUGAAGUGGCUGGAGUUUCAGCCAACAUCGACGACCGCACUCUACAUGAGCUCUAUCUCUGGCCAUUCGCGGAUGCAGUCAAAGCUGGUGUGGCAUCGUUCAUGUGCAGCUACAACCGAGUCAACAUGACAUACUCCUGCGAAAAUGCUCCGCUUCUCAAGAAGAUUUUAAGAGAUGAGCUCGGUUUCCAGGGUUAUAUGAUGUCAGACUGGUUCGCAACACAUUCAGGCGCCCGUGCGAUCAAUGCCGGUCUUGACCUGAACAUGCCAGGCUAUCUUAGCGAGACUGACUUCACUAAUUCAUAUUUUGGACCUAAUGUGGUCUCUGGUGUUCAAAAUGGAACCAUAUCUGAGCUCCGAUUGAACCAGAUGAUCAAGCGAAUCCUUACGCCGUACUUCUAUUUCAAUCAAGACACUGACUACCCCUCGAUUGACCCAUCUUCAUACGCCGUGAGCGAAGCUACUUAUGGUCUGCUUUCUGUUGGAGAAUCCACUCCGGCAGGUCGAGAUGUACGUGGUAAUCAUUCAACAUUGAUUCGAGAAAUGGGUUCGGCUGGCACGGUUCUCCUCAAGAAUGUGAAUAACACUCUUCCCCUGAAAUCACCCAAGGUCAUCGGAGUUUUCGGAAACGAUGCCCCAGAUGUCUCCGCGGGUCUCCUCUAUCCCAGCAACAAUGCCGGCUUCAAAAUUGGGACCCUCACAGUCGGCGGUGGCUCCGGUAGCGGUCGCAACCCGUACGUUGUUUCUCCCCUCGAUGCUAUCAAGGCUCGUGCGGAGGAUGACGGAUCCCGCGUGGUGUACCUCACAGACAACGACAUGAUUGCUGAAGGCGAUUUCAAGAGUAUUUAUCCUUGGCCUGAUAUCUGUCUUGUUUUCCUCAAGACUUGGGUUCGCGAAGGAAUCGAUCGAACCACCCUCGAAGCCGACUGGAACUCCACUCAGGUUGUCAAUAAUGUUGCCUCGAUCUGUCCUGGAAAAACUGUUGUAGUUACCCACACUGGCGGUGUCAACUCAAUGCCAUGGGCGAACAAUGACAAUGUAACUGCCAUUCUCGCUGCGCAUUACCCUGGUCAAGAGUCUGGUCAUUCGAUCGUGGAUGUUCUGUGGGGUGAUGUCAACCCAUCUGGAAAGCUUCCUUACACUAUUGCCAAGGAAAGCUCUGAUUAUAACACCCCUAUUCUCAAUGUUACUGGUUCAAGCGCCACUGACUCUGCCGCAUGGCAAGUCAAUUUCACCGAGGGCUUGAUGAUCGAUUAUCGGCAUUUUGACAACCAGGAGAUCACACCAUUGUACGAAUUUGGCUAUGGUCUCAGUUACACUUCUUUCAAUCUCUCCUCGAAACUUUCUGUGCGGUAUCAUGACCAUGCUAAGAAAGAAGUGUCUGCGCUGUCCCUUUCCAACAAAACGACACCAAUUGGCGGCAACUCCGAUCUUUGGAACAAAAUGAUUGAAGUUACUACAACUGUGGGUAACACCGGUAAUGUGUCUGGAGCCACAGUUGUCCAACUCUAUCUUUCUUAUCCAACGGACUCGAUGCCAUCGGGAACUCCUGUGAAGGUACUUCGCGGUUUUGAAAAGGUGACUUUAGACCCUGGAGCUCGCCAGAACAUUCGUUUCUCUCUUCGACGUCGGGAUCUCAGUUUCUGGGAUACCGAAGCUCAGCAAUGGAGAAUUCCUCACGGUCGUUUCCACUUCAGUGUUGGCUUCAGCUCCCGAGAUCUGCCUUCCUCCGUUUCUGCGCAAAUUCUGUAG